AUGGAACCUGGAAUCGCCUUACUUGAGACUAAUUCGAAGCGUGCCCGCCAGGCCCACGAUCCGAGGACAUGCUGGAGACGGCAAUUUCAGUCAUCAGCUUCUCCGGGUAGAGCCCCAGCAGUAGGUCAAUACAGCCGAGGCGUAGUCACCAUCCAGUCGGCGCGGAGCUUGACAAUCGAGCCAUCACCUGUGCUGACAUCAGUUACCAAGGUGACGCUGCACUGCUGGUGUGGCUUGGAGCGGGCGGCAAGUCAUGAUUCACUCCAUGACCGUGUCAAAGACGACAUCACUCAACCGGUCGCACGGCGGCCGGAGUACGUCAAUGACCUCGCCGGCGGAGCCCCGAAUCCGCCGGUUCGAGUCGGCCAGUGGAUGAUCAAGUCCAGGAACCACGGCGCUCUCCCUUCCGGGCGGACCUUUGCCUCGGCCGAGCACACGGCAAAGGGACGUACCAUAACAGGAAAGCUGAAGGCGCGUACCUCGGAUGGAACUGAGGAACUGUACUUUGUCAAUAUCGCAUUCGGGGAAACCGGCCGCAUCUUAUUCCACGGCGAGUUCGAGUCCUCCAAGGUCAGGCUCCAGGACCCGCCCACCUUCUUCUACCUGUCAGAAUACGUUGGCAUGAACGCCACCUCCGUUCCAUUCGGGUUUCAAAUUCCGACCUACGAGGCCUACAUGGAGAAGUACCCCCUGGCCGAGCCGGCGGACGAGUUCAAUGACCGGAACCCUCUGUACAGCCUCAAGGGCGCCAUCAAAUACUCCGCAGGUCAUCCGGGGAGCGAGCUGAGGAAGACUCCGACUGACAUGGCGGAAAUGGCGUACAAUAACAUGUGCUCUCUCUGCAAGAAGUAUGCGCCAGUCGCGGGGAUCGCCAAGUAUGAACCGGCUAUUGACCCAGAGCUCACGGGACCUCAAACUGUGCCCCAUCAGGACACUAGGACGAUCUGA